GUGGGGACCGAUUGGGGGGUUACCGCUAUUCAGGACGCCUGCUGACAGUUGAUCACAUGAGACCGGAUCACUGUCGGGUAGAGGCGAGGUAGGGGCGGCAGUGGAUAAGGAGUGCAUACGACCUGGAAAGGAAAACUAAAGAGGGGACUUAAAAAAACGUAGAUUACACGCUUGUACCACAAAAGAGCAUGUGUCACAUGAUUUUAUUUGAAUAAGACGGAAUAUUCAAAUCUACAAUACCUCUGAUUUAUCUUCAUGUCGGAGUAUAAAGGAGUGUUAAUGUAUUGUUUUCCUUCGGAGCUAUUCCGGAUGAGUGUAAUUAGUAUCAUUAUUUGUACACGCGUGUGCUUGUUUACAAUUGAUUGACAUCGUCUGGUAUGAAUUACACGUGGGAAGGGUUAUCUGCACUUGUCGUCUGCUAGUGUGUAUGUGUAGAUUAGCCAACUAGACGGUGGCAUCGGUAAGGCAUUCCCUUACUCUCAAGUACUGUGCCAAGAGACUGGUGUGCUUUGAUUAGAUUUAGACUAUUUCGGAGAUCGUACUUCAAACUCUUUCAUUGUGACAUUGGGAUUCGUGGUCGUCUGCCACAAAAGUCACGUGUGUUUUUUCCCUUAAAGUUAAGUUUUUGAGAUUUUAAAACUGAUAGAAAGUACAAGCCAUGGCUCCCAUGAUGACACAGUUUUUCCUGCUUCUAUUAUCUCUGCAGUGUGUUCUCUCCAAUAUCACAACAUCAGACUCAAGUUUCAGUGUGUCAGAAACAUCAACAACAACGACAAGCACCACAGAACUCUCUACCACAACGUCAAUCCCAGUUACCUCUACAUCGGUCGAAAAUACAACAACACAAGAAAACGCAACACAAGAAAGCACAACACAUGUAGAAACAACGUCUCAAAGUACAAGAACACCUGGUAAUAUAACACCUGAUAGCACAAAAAUUGAGACUACAACUGAAAGCACAACAAAGCCUACAACAUCUACAACUACUGCAUCGUCUACUACAACAUCUACAACUACUGCAUCGUCUACUACAACAUCUACAACUACUGCAUCGCCUACUACAAUAUCUACAACUACUGCAUCGUCUACUACAACAUCUACAAAUACUGCAUCGUCUACUACAACAUCUUCUGAAGUAACUAAUAACACAGCAGAAGCUGUCAAUAGCACGGCAGCGACACCUUCGACGACAGCCACCGAAACACCAACCACAACCACUGCCGCUGGCACCAGCACUUCAUCCACUAGCAUAACUACCUCAAACACUCUGCCAUCACAGACAUCAAUUUCGACCAAUACCAACGCUACCACAAAUAUCUCCCAAGCAACAUCAACAACAGACAGCACCACCAGUUCUGUCAGCACCACCAGUGCUAACAGCUCCACCUAUGAUAACAGCUCCACCAGUGAUAACAGCUCCACAAGUACUUACAGCCCCACCAGUUCAUCCACAACAGCAAAAUCGUCACCAGCGGUCAUAGCUACCACAUCCUCGUUGGUUACCCCUCAGGCCGAGGCUGUCUCAAAACAAGGACUUUCUCUAGGAGACAAAUGGGCCAUAGGGAUACUCGUACCUCUAGCUAUCCUCAUCCUUGUAGUGUUGGGCAUCUGGGUCUUCAAAAGAUAUCGUACCAGUCGCCGUAGUUUCACGAAUUUCUUCACCAACAAUGUCCGGUACCAGUCGUACAAAGACAACGCAGACGAUCAGGCAAAAAUUUUAAAGUACGAGACUAUCGACUGACGACGAGAUUGGCCUUUCAUGUUUCACACCCCCCUGCAUGCCCCUGAUUGUGACUGUUUAACAGACAGCUGCGGUAAAUUCAAUGAUCUCACUCAGAUAGUAGUGGUCCAAUCAAAUUAAAGUAUGCCCUUAUUUGAAUACCUGCUUGCUAGACCAGUGAUUCGUUAAAAUCUUUUGUUUUUCGCAAUAAUAAUAAUAUAUUUUUUUAAUUAAUUUAGUGUUAUACUGAAAUCAGUGGCGUACCAAGGGUAGGGCUGGUAGGUGGCGCUAAAAUGGUUAUCAAAACACUACAGGAAAAUUAUAUAUAUAUAUAUAUAUAUAUAUAUAUAUAUAUAUAUAUAUCUGCUGUACAAUAUCUUGGGAAGGGAGAAUUGAGCACAGGCCUUGUUGCAUCGGGCACCUGGCACAUUUGGUACGCCACUGAGCGAUACGUUGAUUACUUAUGUGAAUCACGAAUCUUAGAAUGUCACUUAGAUUAAGUCCACUUAUGGAUAAUACAGAUUAGUAGUAGUAGUACUUAGAGUCGUUACAGCGAUAUUUAGGAUUAACUGCGUUAGUUUCAAAUGACUGAUUUAAAUGAUGCAAUAAUAGUCAUUUAAUGGAGGUAAUAAAUUGUUUGUAAAAUGUUUUGUUUGUAAAAUGUUUUACAUGUUUCGGAUGUUCCUUCAGAGUUGAAGAUAAUUACUUCUUAGUCCAAACCUCCCGCAGGACGACGAGGGAUGGGAGCGGGCAGGGUUUGAACCCUCGACCAUCGAUAAAUCUGAACGACAGUCCAGCGCGCAAACCGCACGACCAGGCAGCCAUUGUUGGUCGAAUAAUGUUUUUUUUAAAAAGUGAUUUCAAUGAUGCAAUAAUAGUGAUAUCAUUAAUGUAAUAAUGUGAUCAACGGUGUUAAAAUAAUGAUCCAAUUAAAGACAAAUAGAUCAUUACGAUUUAAAAUAAUAUAUGCGCCAAAAUAUCUGAAAACCACUGCCGGAAAAACUAAUGCGAGAUAGUAUUUUAAUAUCAGACCGGAUUCAGUAUUUUUGUAAAGGGAGGGGUAUGAUGUAACUGUUUUUUUUCCUGCGAAUAGCUGCAGUAAACUUUAAUUGCAAAUGUUUUUCUACAACAGCGAAUGACAAAAAAAAAAUUAUAUACACAUUUUUAGUCACUUUAUCAGACGUGUGAAUACCUAAUUAUAUAAGGGAGAGAGGGUCUUGCAGGUGAACAGGGUCUAGCAACCUAUACUCCGGGUGUCAUGAUUUUCUACUAAAUAAAUUCUCAUGUUGUUUCUGUGUUCAGUGCUAACGAUUCACCAAAGAUUGUCAAAUUCUUAUUAUAGCAUAGAAAACAGAGAAUCUAAUUGAUGAAUGUGUGUGGUCGAUUUAUAGUCAGCGGCCGACCUACCAAAGCUUAGGGACAGAGUUUAUAUUUGUGUAUUUUGAAUAACAAAAAUAGUUUAUAUCUUUACGCAUGCAUUUUGAAUUAAAAUUAAUUUAUGGGUGUAUAUCUUGUAAUAUUACUGAAAAAAAGAAACAUUUCCUAUGUUCAUUUGUAUGGUGCAGUUGACAUACCUAAGCUUAGGACAGAGUUUAUAUUUGUGUAUUUUUAAUAAAAAAAAAUAGUUUAUAUCUUUACGCAUGCAUUUUGAAUUAAAAUAAGCUUAUGGGUUUAUAUCUUGAAAUAUUACUGAAAGAAAGAAACAUUUCCUAUGUUAAUUUGUGUAAUGCCGACAUCCUACCUAAGCUUAGGGACAGAGUUUAUAUUUGUGUAUUUUGAAUUAAAAAAAUAGUUUAUAUCUUUACGCAUGCAUUUUGAAUUAAAAUAAGUUUAUGGGUGUAUAUCUUGAAAAUAUUCUUUCCAACAUGUGUCUGUGUUGCUGUAAUGUUUUUAGGGAUGUAAUACUUGACGAAUUAGUAGCGCACUACUUCCAGAUGCUUAUCUUAUAAGAUAUAGACGUGACUUCAAAAAAGAUGAUGAUUACGUCCUGUGCGUUAUUGUUUGUAAACAUAUUGUUACGAAUCUCACUAUCCAGGCUCUCUGCAAACUGCACCAUACACCACCAACUUAAAGAACUUGACAAGUCAGGGCUCCAAAAUAACGUAAAGGUUUAAUGUCCAUAAAUAACAGCCAAUACUGUACAAUUGGCAGCACGUAGAACAGUACAAAUAGCUCUGCGAUAACAAAUAUCUCUCCGAUCACACCGUUCCGCCGUAUCAAGUCUUGCACUGGUCUCUCCGUCUUGUUCCGGGCUUGCACUGGGUUCAACAGUUCAGGACUGACUUCACACACUAGGCUCGUUGUGUCGGACUCGAUCACAGACCAAGAUCAAGACGCCGUUCGUCUCAACUGUACUUGAUAGUACUCCGCACUGAACCGUCGUAAUGCUCCGUACAGAACCACACCGCUGAACUGUGCUGUAGUCGACCGUGUUCUGAACUCUUGUCGUGAACCUCCUUUCUGAACCGUCUUGACUGCCUCGCCUCCGCUCUUAUAUAGGGUCCCUACUGGCCUUCUCGAACCGGACAGAACGCCGCUCGACGUUUCUAGGUGGUCAGAUGACUACAACUCUCGUGACGCCCCUGAGCUCUGUUCACGUCGGCGAUCCUUCCCGAACUCUCUUGUUGACACUUGACUCGGCUGACAGUCUAACUCGUCACGGUUGACCGCUCGUCUAGCGCUGGCCUGGGGCGAUUUGCGUCGUCUGACUACACACACACCACUACCCCCAUCUGUGCCACCACCAGGUUUAUAACAAUAUUUUGUUCCAGUUGAAUAGAGCCUGUCUUGACAUUCCUGAUUGUAUUGUUUUAUUUUUAUAGUGUUGUUAUUUGAUCAACAUUUUUUGUUGUUUUGACUGGCUUUCUGGUCUGCACUUUGAAAUGCUUUACAUCAGUCACGUGACAAACUUUUUUUAAAAAUCUUGGAGACUAUAGAUGUCAUAGAUGACAAGUGAUGUCUUGAUUGAAUUGUCUGUGGCAUUAUACGAUCUUUUCCCUUUUCAUGUGACUAAAGAGGCCAAUCCUUGAUACACAGCCUGCUGUCACAAUUUAGACAUCUGUAAUCACCAGGCGCUGUAGCUCUUUCACCCUUCUUUCUACUUCUGGUGUGUAGCCUACGUCAUCUGCAACCCAUGACCCUUCCUUUGUACUGGCUCUCCAUUGGAUCUAUCCGGUGCCUCGUUUUUCCGACUCUUGGUGUCAUGUUCGUGGUAAAUAUACAUUGAGCUAUGAUAGUCAAAGGGAGAUUACAAUGAAUAAGUUAUCAUUUUUUAAUCGCCUUAGCAUGUACAUUGUACCGGUACCGUAUAUAAUUCUCUGAUACUCUGGAAUGAGGUAGUAAUGCAUUAAUAUUAAUAUUAUUAUUAAUAAUUAAUAUUAAGUCUUGUGUACUGUAAAAUGCUAUAAAGGCCUAGAU